AUGCAUGUGUGUGAGAAGGUCUCAUUAUUUCCUCACAACAAUUCACAAGCAAAGCGGUUCAAAACCCUCUUACAAGACUAUCUUUUGUAUGUACAGCAAUAUCCUUGGCCUGCAAACGCGUAUCAAUUUACGGGUACUUAUGAUGCUUGGGUCAAGGUGUACUCUGCCAUGAUAGCAUGCUUCACUCUGCCUGAUACUGUAUGGCUAGUUCGUGCACUUAAAUAUGUGGCCAUGCAGCUUGUUUUGCUAGCCAUUCGUAUUGAUAACGAAAAUACCCAGAAAACAUUUAGCAAGACGAUUGAUGCAGCGGGUCGACUCUCAAAGGGUGCCGGUUUGGCUGCGAAUGACAGGAGCCCUUCUCCAGGUGUUCAGACCAAACGCGCUGCUGUUCUGAAACUUGCGAAUCUGAGCUUCCGAGCAUAUUUCCAGCUGAAAAAUACACGACUAUGCGAGACUGUGCUUGGAUCAGUUCACAAUGCACUGCUUAUGAACCGACGGAAUGAUGAGUCCACUAUGUCUGGGGAAGAGCUGUAUCCCGUAUCAGAACGUGUCACGUAUCAUUUUUAUGUGGGUCAAAUUCGAUUAUUUCAGCAUCGCAUACAAGCAGCCUCACAGCACCUUCGAUGGGCAUUUGACAAUUGUACUAAUGCACAUGCUCACAAUAAGCGCAAAAUCCUCAUUUCUUUGAUCGCAGCGCACCUUAUUCUUGGGCGUUAUCCAAAAUUACCUUUAUUACGCGACUACGACCUAGUUCAACAAUAUGCAGAACUUGCACGGCAGCACCGUUUAGGACACGCUGCACGUGUAAUGGCAGAACUAGAGCGGAAUCGCGAUUGGCUGCGAGCUCGUGGAUUGUAUAUGAUUUUAAGGGAAAAACUUGCGUUAGGCUUAUGGCGUAACUUAUUUCAGCGAUGUAUGCGCCUCAUUCCCGAUACCAGCGGGACAUCGAAUGCACCGCCUACAUUACCACUUAGGAAACUUGUGCGACCAGCGCGCCUGGCGUGGAAUGACAAUACACUGUCACUGGAGGACUUAGAGUGCAUGGCGGCGAAUCUUGUGGAUCAGGGCCUUAUGAAGGCAUACAUCCUCCAUUCAAAAGAAAUGAUUGUGCUGCAGCGCGGUCCUCAUCGAGGUUUUCCGCCCGUGAAAGAUGUAUACCACGGCUAG